AUGAAGAAGACUUACAUUAUUGGAGAAAUUGGAAUAAAUCAUCAAGGAGAUUUAGCUAUUGCUAAAAGGUUAAUUGAUAUUGCUGCCGCAGCAGGUUGUGAUGCAGUCAAGUUCCAGAAGAGAAACCCAGACGUGUGUGUACCUGAAGCACAGAAGAACAAGCCGAGAAUCUGGCAAGGUACAGAUAUGACAUAUCUCGAAUACAAAUAUAAAGUCGAGUUCGGCAAAGAAGAGUAUGAUGAGAUUGAUCGUUACUGUAAACAGCAAGGAAUUGCCUGGUCAGCUUCCCCCUGGGAUAUGGAUUCUGUAGAGUUUUUAGAGCAAUAUAACUUACCAUUUAUUAAGUUACCUUCUGCUUCAUUAACUGAUGAUGAAUUACUUACUGCUUGUGUAGAGAGAUUUCCUAAGAUUAUAUUUUCAACUGGUAUGUCGACCGAAGAAGAGAUAGAUCAUGCAGUAGACACUCUAAGAAUAGCUAAGGCAUACUAUAAUAAGACAGAUAAGAUAGGUCUACUUCACUGUAAUUCUACAUACCCAGCACCUAUCAAUGAAUUAAAUUUAUCUGCUAUAAAAACAUUAACUAACAAAUACCCUGACUUCGAAAUAGGAUACUCAGGACAUGAAAUGCUUCUUGGGACUACAGUAGCUUCAGUACUAUUAGGAGCAUCUAUUAUAGAGAGACAUAUUACAUUAGAUAGAACUAUGGAAGGUUCUGAUCAUAGUGCUUCAGUAACACCUCACGGUCUAUUUAAAUUAGUUUCUGGUAUUAGAGAAUUAGAAGCAGCAUAUGGAGAUGGAAUUAUACAAGUAACUGAAUCAGAAAAGCCUGUAAGAGAAAAACUAAGAGGUUAA